CCGAUUCUUUUAAUAAUAUUUAAACGAUAACUGCAAUCUUCGAAUUCAUUUAUCGAUUUCUUUGAUUUGUCUUAUAAUGUCGUUAGUUGGUGAUGUUCUGGAUUGUGAUUUUAUGAUCAUGUUUAUGUUGCUUAUAAUGUAUUCACUUCGAUUGAUAUACUUGUGUGAUUAGUGGUUGCAUUGAUGGAUUGAUCAACUGUACUCUGUUGGUUUUGACGUCAAACCUAAUGCAGAAUUGUUUAUUUGUUUAAUUAUAGUAUGAACAUUGUUCUAUCGGCACCACUUAUUACUGAUAAAAGCUGAUGUUAUUUGCAAUUUGUCAUAGAAGAGUUACAAAUUUGUGACUCCUUUAAAGGCAUCAGAAAUCUAGCUAGAAUGGAGGUCAUCAUGUCAUCUCCCAUACAGAACUGUUCAGGGUUGGAAAAUGCUGGAGGUGACGUUUCUGCUAGUCUGUGUAGUAAACAUCAGGAAAGAAAGAAGAGAAAGCUGCUCAGAAGAGAAAAUAAUAAAAAUCCUGAUAGCAAACUCGAAGUUGCUCAACAAAAUGUUGAUGUGAUCCCACAGUCUUCCAUUCAGGAUAAUGCAAAUACUGAUCUAGGUACAACUGCAACCUUUCAGCUGRGUAAACGCAAAAKAAGAARGAAUARAAAACUGCUAAGAGAAGAUGCUGAAAACCCUGAGAGCAAACUGGAAGUUGCUAAUGUUGAUAUGAUCCCACAGUCGUCCAUUCAGGAUAAUUCAAAUACUGAUCUAGGUACAACUUCAACCGUUCAGCUGAGUAAACGCCAAAUAAGAAGGAAUAGGAAACUGCUCAGAGAAGAUACUGAAAAUCCUGAGAGCAAACUGGAAGUUGCUCGUCAUAAUGUUGAUGUCAUCACUCAGUCGUCCAUUCAGGAUAGCCCAAAUAUUGAUCUAGGUACAACUGCAACCAUUGAGAUGACUAAAUGCCAAAAAAGAAGGAAUAGAAAACUGCUCAGAGAAGAUACUCAAAACCCUGAGAGAAAACUGGAAGUUGCUGGUCAAAAUGUUGAUAUCAUCACACAGUCGUCCAUUCAGGAUAAUUCAAAUACUGAUCUAGGUACCACUGCAACCGUUGAGCUGAGUAAACGUCAAAUAAGAAGGAAUAGAAAACUGCUCAGAGAAGAUACUGAAAACCCUGAGAGCAAACUGGUAGUUGCUCGUCAAAAUGUUGAUAUCAUCACACAGUCAUCCAUUCAGGAUAAUCCAAACACUGAUCUAGGUACAACUGCAACUGUUCAGCUGAGUAAACGCCAAAUGAGAAGGAAGAAAAAACUGCUAAGAGAAGAUGCUGAAAACCCUGAGAGCAAACUGGAAGUUGUUCGUCAAAAUGUUGAUAUCAUCACACAGUCGUCCAUUCAGGAUAAUCCAAAUACCGAUCUAGGUACAACUGCAACCGUUCAGCCGAGUAAAAGUCAAAUAAGAAGGAAUAGAAAACUGCUCAGAGAAGAUGCUGAAAACCCUGAGAGCAAAUUGGAAGUUGCUCGUCAAAAUGUUGAUAUGAUCCCACAGUCAUCCAUUCAGUAUAACCCAAAUGCUGAUCUAGGUGCAACUGCAACUGUUGAGCUGAGUAAACGUCAAAUAAGAAGGAAUAGGAAACUGCUCAGAGAAGAUACUGAAAACYCUGAAAGCAAACUGGAAGUUGCUCGUGAAAAUGUUGAUAUCAUCACACAGUCGUCCAUUCAGGAUAAUCCAAAUACUGAUCUAGGUACAACUGCAACCGUUCAGCUGAGUAAACGCCAAAUAAGAAGGAAUAGAAAACUGCUCAGAGAAAAAACUGAAAACCCUGAGAGCAAACUGGAAGUUCCUUGUCGAAAUGUUGAUGUCAUCACACAGUCAGAGAGUUUUGCAACCCCUGAUGCAGAGAUGGUGUCAAAAGGAGAAGAGCGCACAAAAGUUGCCAAUGGUCGGAUGGGGUCAGAUAUGCCUAAAAAUGUUCACAUUGAGGGUACAAUACAAAAGAAAAAGAAGAAGAAAUCAAGGAAAGAGAAACCAACUUUAGGUGAAAUUUUGAAUCCCCGACAGUUAGAGGACAUGGAAGUUGCCAUUGGUGAGAUGGAUUCAGGUACAACUGCAACAGAUCAUAUAGUGUCAAAAAAGAGAAAGAAGCAGAAAUUAGAGAACAAGGAUCCAGCCUCAGGUGACAUUUUGGGUACUCGUGGGUGUGUACAAGACAUGGCACUUGCAAAGAAAGGCCUAAGCAGCACUAGAGCUCUUGAAUCAACAAGUGGUGAGUCAGUCUCAUGUAAAACUGCAACUCCUGAUGCAAAGAUAGUGUCAAAAGGAAAAGAGCACACAAAAGUUGCAAAUGGUGAGAUGGGAUCAAGUGAAACGAAAAAUCUUAAUGUGAAUGGUACGGUACUAAAGAGAAAUGAGCAGAAAUUAGAGAACACGAGGCCAAACGUAGGUGAAAUAGUGAAUUGCCAAUACUUGCAGAACCUGGAAGCUGGCAAUUACGAAGCACAUAGUACGAGUGCAGCAAAGAAAAAGAGRSAUAAGCUAAAGAAGAAAGCAGCCAAAGGUGAAAUUUCGACCACCAGUGAGAAUACAGAGGACUCGGUAAUUGCAAAGAAAGACGCAGGUACAAACAAAGUUUUUGAAGCAAUGAGUACCGAGUCAAAAAGAGAAGACAGCAUGGAAAUUGUGAAUGGUGAGAAGUGUCUAAGAACAACUCCCCUAGGUGCAGAUACAAUGAUUAAAAGUGUCGGGUGCACAAAGGUUGUCAGUAGUGAGAUGGGCUCAAGUGGAGCCAUGACCAUUGUUGAGACCACGGGUUCAAGAGGAACAUCACUUGAUAUGAAUACAGUUUCUAAAAGAGAAGAGCACACAUGCUCAAGUGGAACCACAAUUACUAAAACAGUAUCAAAAGUAGAAGAGUGCACAGAAGUUGGCAACAUUGAGACAGACUCAAGUAUAAGUAGGAAGACGGAAAAGCUGAGAAAGAAGAAAGAGGGGGUGGGCUUGAAGGCAAUCGAUGUGAUACCUCAGGUUCCCACAUCAAGGAAAAAGCUUAUUAUUUUAGAUGUAAAUGGGUUGCUCGCAGAUAUUUGUUUUUCUCCACCAAAGGAUGUCAGAGCGGAUAUGUAUAUGCUAAGACGAGCAAUAUUCAAGAGACCCUUCUUGGAUGAUUUCUUGUACUUUUGUUUCGCGAGAUUUCAUGUUGGCAUUUGGUCUUCGAGAACCAUGAAAGUUUUGGAUCCAGUGGUURAUUAUCUGUUGGGAGAUUUGAAGUAUAAAUUGCUCUUUCUUUGGGAUGGUUCCAGUUGCACUAAUUCAGGGAUGAGGACUCUUGAAGAGAAACAUAAGAACAUAGUCUUUAAAGAUCUAAGAAUGAUUUGGGAGAGAAAUGGUCCCGGUAAUUCUUGGGUGAAAGGAACUUUUAAUGAAUCAAAUACAUUGUUGUUGGAUGAUUCUCCGUACAAGGCAUUGCUCAAUCCGAAACACAGCGGAAUCUUUCCUGUGUCUUUCACCUACAAGGAUAAGAAUGAUAACUUUCUAGGUCCUAGGGGUGCUCUCAGAAACUAUCUGCAUGGCGUAGCGGCCACCGAUAACUUGAAGAUGUAUGUGGAACAACACCCAUUUGGUCAAAGUUACAUAGACGAAAAAAACCCACAUUGGAGCUUUUACUCGCAUGUUCUCAAGUCUGGAAAUUACUAGUCCGAGAUCAGCUGUGGAUUAGGCGGCGGGACCCACAAGUUCUCCAGAAUUCGAGGCUUUUUUUCGAGGUAUACUUAACUUAUUGUAUUUCUAGUUUUUGAAUCUUGAUUUUUUCGCAGUACCUCAUGAAAUGAACUUGCUGUGCACUAUGGAAACAAAAUUUUGUUGUAUUGAAUGAUAUUUGCUGCCUUUUGUUGCAACAGCAAAAACUU